AUGAGUCAAAAAGCCCUUACAAUACUGUCACAUGUUGUUCAUGGGUAUGUUGGUAAUAGAGCAAUGGUAUUUCCCUUACAAUUCCUAGGAUGGAACGUUGAUGCAGUAAAUACUACGAAUUUUUCUAAUCAUCCUGGAUACGGCAAGUUUAAAGGAGCGAUUAGCUCUUCUCAAUUAAUCAAGGAUGUCUUGGAAGGAUUAAAGGAUAUAAUAGAUUUUAACAUAGAGUACGAUGUCAUAGUGACGGGCUAUUCCCCGGACGAAAAAGUUCUUGAGGAAAUUUUCGAUCAGUUGUCUUCGAUCUAUAAAAAGCUGUAUCAUAAACAUCCUGUGUGGGUCGUUGAUCCUGUUUUAGGUGAUAACGACAAACUAUAUGUUCCAGCAGCUAUGAUACCUAUAUAUCAAAAAAUUUUUGCUAGUGGCUUUGUCUCACUCACAACUCCCAAUCAAUUUGAAUUUGAGCUUUUAAGUGGAGUAAAGAUAGAAAAUUGGGAGACGCUUAAAGAGUCAAUUUUGCGUUUCGAAUCUCUUUAUCAUAUACCUUACAUUGCAAUAUCGUCUAUAGCGAUAGAAGGAAAUUUAUACUCGGUUGGAUUCGCAGCCAAAACUAAACAAAUAUUUUAUUUUCCAAUAGAUGAGAUAAAGUGCAGAUUCAAUGGAUGUGGAGACAUUUUCACUGCUCUUCUUUCACACAGUUUCUUUGUGAAUGGCAGUUGUUUGACAGCGGAAGUCUUGGGUGACGUAACUAUCAAGCUUGGGAAAAUCUUGAGACAAAGUUAUCAUUUUGAGCAAGAAAAAACACUAUCGAAAGUUAUAACAUCAGUCAAAGAUAUCCUGGUUGUUCAUCUGAGGGAUUGCCUAUUGCAAAAUAAUACAAAAGAUAUUAUUAAUAAAGUGUCUUUCAUAUAA